AUGCUGAUUAUUCUUCAACACCACCCUGUCUAUAUCUUGGGGUCCGGUAGUACCGAAGACCACCUGAAUUUUGAGUUAAAGGAUGCUCCUUUUGAUGUUUAUCGAACCGAAUGCAGUGGUGAAGUUACAUAUCAUGGACCUGGUCAGCCCUUUUGGUUGUUUUGUGUACCUAACAUGUUAUGCAUCUUUGUUGCAAUGUUGCUGGUUAUGUACCCUAUUAUCAAUCUCCGUUGUCACAAGAUGGAGGAACUUCAUUGGUACCUUAGGACACUAGAGGAGGUGGACAUUCGUGUUCUUUCCUCAACAUUUUCGAUCAAGGCUUCCUGGCUAAAGGGUUUAACUGGUGUUUGGGUUGGUAUGUUUUGCAAUCCUUUCACCGAUGUUUUUAGUAGUUUAUAUGGUGUACUUCUGGUUAGUCAUAGGGACCCGUUUGUGUGA